GCUCCUCCUCCGCUCCCCACACAUAGACAAGCUCACACCCGCUCCCUCACUCGCACACACAGACACACGCGCGCACACACGCUCCUCACACACACUCUACUCUCUCCCGUGCGCUCACACCCCUCUCGCCCUGCGCCCUCGCGGGUGCAGCGCAUCGCCGCAGUCGGACUCCCCUCCCGGGCUCACUUUGCAACGCUGACAGCGCCGGCGGUGGCCGUGGAGGUGGGAACAGAAGCGGCAUCCUAUCCCCUGGUCGCGGCCGGAGACAGGACGCCCGCGGAACCCCUCGGCGGCGCUCUCCCAUGAGUCGGGAUAGCAGCAUCCCCUGCCAGCAGCUCACUGCCUCUGGGAGCCGCUGGACUUGUACACCGCAGCCCUUCCGGGACAGCAACAUUGACUCCCCCCCAGUGCAGAUUUCGGGGCAGCUUUCUAGAAACUCGCACUAAAGACGGAACCGCCACAGCAUUCAAGUAAUCGGGUGUAAUUGCCGACCCCCGUGCCCCAACAUGCGUGGAGACGGUGUCCCCCCCUCCUCUGGGCCUUGACUUGAGCCUACUGCGGAAGAGCGCAGCCCGGCAAGCCCCAUCGCUGAGACUGGACCCUCAGCAGAGCCGGGCAGCACCGCAGCCACUUCACCCAGCCGGACGUCCCCGCCUCCUCCACUCUCAGCCUCCGCUGGAGAGACCCCCAGCCCCACCAUUCAGCGCGCAAGAUAUCCUCCAGAUAUGCCCUGCGUGCAAGCCCAGUAUAGCCCUUCACCGCCAGGUUCCAGUUAUGCAGCACAAACAUAUGGCUCGGAUUACACCACGGAGAUCAUGAAUCCUGACUACGCCAAGCUGACCAUGGACCUUGGCAGCACCGAGAUCACUGCCACAGCCACCACGUCCCUGCCCAGCUUCAGCACCUUCAUGGAGGGAUACUCCAGCAACUACGAACUCAAGCCCUCCUGCCUGUACCAAAUGCAGCCGUCGGGGCCACGGCCGCUGAUUAAGAUGGAGGAGGAUCGCGCGCACGGUUACCACCAUCAUCACCAUGAGCACCACCACCACCACCACCACCAGCAGCAGCCGCAGCAGCAGCCAUCCAUUCCGCCCCCCUCCGGGCCGGAGGACGAGGUGCUACCCAGCACCUCCAUGUACUUUAAGCAGUCCCCGCCGUCCACCCCCACCACGCCGGGCUUCCCCUCGCAGGCUGGGGCGAUGUGGGACGAUGCAAUGUCCUCGGCGCCUGGCUGCAUCGCGCCCGGCACGCUGCUCGACCCGCCGAUGAAGGCGGUGCCCACGGUGGCCGGCGCGCGCUUCCCACUCUUCCACUUCAAGCCCUCGCCGCCGCACCCGCCCGCGCCGGGCCCCGCCGGCGGCCACCACCUGGGCUACGACCCGACGGCCGCCGCCGCGCUUAGCCUUCCGCUGGGAGCCGCCGCCGCAGCCGCCGCCGCAGCCGCCGCCGCGGGCAGCCAGGCCGCCGGGCUCGAGGGCCACCCGUACGGGCUGCCGCUGGCCAAGAGGGCACCCGCCCUGGCCUUCCCGCCGCUGGGCCUCACGGCCUCCCCUACCGCGUCCAGCCUCCUGGGCGAGAGCCCCAGUUUGCCGUCGCCGCCCAGCAGGAGCUCGGCCUCGGGCGAGGGCACGUGCGCCGUGUGCGGGGACAACGCUGCCUGCCAGCACUACGGGGUGCGCACCUGCGAGGGCUGCAAGGGUUUCUUCAAGAGAACAGUGCAGAAAAAUGCAAAAUAUGUUUGCCUGGCAAAUAAAAACUGCCCCGUAGACAAGAGACGUCGAAACCGAUGUCAGUACUGUCGAUUUCAGAAGUGUCUCAGUGUCGGAAUGGUUAAAGAAGUUGUCCGUACAGACAGUCUGAAAGGGAGGAGAGGUCGGCUGCCUUCCAAACCAAAGAGCCCAUUACAGCAGGAAGCCUCUCAGCCCUCUCCACCUUCUCCUCCGAUCUGUAUGAUGAAUGCCCUUGUCCGAGCCUUAACAGACUCAACGCCCAGAGAUCUUGAUUAUUCCAGAUACUGUCCCACUGAGCAGGCUGCUGCGGGCACAGAUGCUGAGCAUGUACAACAGUUCUACAACCUUCUAACAGCUUCCAUUGAUGUAUCCAGAAGCUGGGCAGAAAAGAUUCCCGGAUUUACUGAUCUUCCCAAAGAAGAUCAGACAUUACUUAUAGAAUCAGCCUUUUUGGAGCUGUUUGUUCUCAGACUUUCCAUCAGGUCGAACACUGCUGAAGAUAAGUUUGUGUUCUGCAAUGGACUUGUCCUGCAUCGACUUCAGUGCCUUCGUGGAUUUGGGGAGUGGCUCGACUCCAUUAAAGACUUUUCCUUAAGUUUGCAGAGCCUGAACCUUGAUAUCCAAGCCUUAGCAUGCCUGUCAGCACUGAGCAUGGUCACAGAACGACAUGGGUUAAAAGAACCAAAGAGAGUGGAGGAGCUAUGCAACAAGAUCACAAGCAGCUUAAAAGAGCACCAGAGUAAGGGCCAGGCUUUGGAGCCCACUGAGCCCAAGGUCCUGCGUGCCCUGGUAGAACUGCGGAAGAUCUGCACCCUGGGCCUCCAGCGCAUCUUCUACCUGAAGCUGGAAGACUUGGUGUCCCCACCUUCCAUCAUCGACAAGCUCUUCCUGGACACCCUGCCUUUCUGAGCAGGAGCAGCCUGAGCAGGGAGCUGCCUCAUCUGCUAGCAGCCGCUUGCUAAGUAGCAGAGGGAGGGGGUCUGGACACCUACCACUUUCUGUCCUUCCUUAAGAGAGAAAACAAGCUCCUGUCGAAAUGAAAGACUUUUUUUUUUUUUUUUUCUGGCACUUUUCCUUACAUCUGAAAGCCAGAAAACUUGCAGAGU